AUGAAUCUCCUACCUCCUAUGCUUCGACCCAUCUCCUACUUCACUCCCAAACCCCCAUGGCGUCGCUGUUUCAACACCUGUUCAGAGGCGACUGUUACUGCUAAUGAGGUCCUCACCAUCCUUGAAACAGUCAACCAUAUGGAGAGUGCCUUGGAACCCGUAGUCCCCAAACUCUCCAGUGAGAUAGUGAGCUAUGUGAUCCGAGAACAGACAAACCCACGAUUGGUUUUCCGGUUCUUCAUCUGGGCAACCAAAAGGAUGAGGCUUUGCAGCCGAAUGUCUCAGAGUUCGGUCAUUGACAUGCUUGUCAGGGACGAUGCCUUUGAACUCUAUUGGAGAACACUUGAACAACUGAGAGACUGCGGGCUUCCAAUUGGUUCUGCUGCCUUUGCUGUGCUGAUCAAUGGUUAUGCCAAAUUGGACAUGGCUGAGAAGGCUGUGGAGACAUUUGGCCGGAUGAAAGAUUUCGAUUGUAAACCAAAUGCCUUUGCUUACAAUGCGAUACUUUAUGUUAUGGUGCGAAAAGAACUGUUUUUGCUAGUUUUAGCUGUAUAUAACCAGAUGUUGAAGUCAAAUCAUACUCCUAGUAGAAAUACUUAUGGCAUUUUGAUUAAUGGGUUCUGCAAAACGAGGAAAACUCAGGACGCGCUUCAAAUGUUUGAUGAAAUGACCCAGAGAGGUAUUGCUCCCAAUACCAUAACUUAUACUAUUGUUGUUUCUGGCUUGUGCCAGGCAAAGAGGACCCAUGAAGCGUAUACAUUGGUUGAAAUGAUGAAGGCAAGUGGGUGUCCUCCUGAUUUGAUUACUUACAAUGCUUUACUUGAUGGGUAUUGUAAAUCAGGCAGCAUUGGUGAAGCUUAUGCGCUCUUGAGAUCAUUUGAGAGGGAUGGUUAUGUUCUCGGACUCAAUGGAUAUACUUGCUUGAUUCAUGGUUUAUUUAUAGCUGGGAGAUUUGAUGAAGCGCAUGGGUGGUAUAGCAAAUUGAUAAAGAAGGGCAUCAAACCUGACAUUGUCUUGUGUACCAUAAUAAUUCGGGGGUUAUCAGAUGCUGGCAGGGUUAAGGAUGCUUUGAAUUUCUUGAACGAGAUGAAUGAGAGAGGUUUGGUUCCGGAUGCCUACUGUUAUAAUGCUGUCAUUAAAGGGUUCUGUGAUUUGGGUCUUUUGGAUGAAGCUCGGUCUCUUCAUCUUGAUAUUUCAAAGCUAGAUUGCUUCCCUAAUGCCUGCACUUACACCAUUCUCAUAUGUGGUAUGUGCAAGAACGGGCUGGUAGGGGAGGCGCAACAAAUAUUCAAUGAGAUGGAGAAGCUUGGAUGUGUCCCUUCUGUUGUGACCUUCAAUGCUCUUAUUGAUGGACUUUGUAAGGCUUCCAAGCUUGAGGAAGCGCACUUAUUAUUUUACAAGAUGGAGAUAGGAAGAAAUCCUUCAUUAUUUCUUCGUCUUUCUCAAGGUAGUAAUCGGAUUACUGACAGUGCCAGUCUUCAAAUGAAGGUAGAGCAAUUGUGUGAGUCAGGAUUGAUUCUUAAGGCCUACAAACUUCUGACGCAGCUAGCUGAUAGUGGGGUCACGCCUGACAUCAUCACUUACAACAUUCUAAUCAAUGGGUUUUGCAAGGCUGGUAACAUAAAUGGUGCUUUUAAGCUCUUCAAGGAUAUGCAAUUGAAAGGGCUCUCACCAGAUUCUAUUACAUAUGGGACGCUUAUAGAUGGACUGCAAAGGGUUGAUAGAGAAGAGGAUGCCUUUGUGGUCUUUGAUCAAAUGGUGAAGCAUGGAUGCAUGCCUAGCUCUGCAGUUUAUAAAUCACUGAUGACUUGGUCUUGCAGGAGAAAGAAGAUUUCUCUAGCUUUUAGUCUUUGGUUGAAGUAUCUAAGCAACCUUCCUCUGAGAGAAGAGGAAAAAAUCAAAGCAAUAGAAGAAGACUUUAAGGAAGGGAAAACUGAGAAGGCAAUCAGAGGUUUACUGGAAAUGGAUGUAAACUUCAAAGACUUUGAUUUAGUACCGUGCACCAUUUUGCUAAUUGGUUUGUGUCAGGUGAGAAGAGUACAUGAAGCUUUGAGAAUAUUUUCUGUUCUUGACGAGUACAAAGUCAUUGUCACUCCACCAAGUUGUGUACACUUGAUCAAUGGUCUCUGCAAAGAAGGGAACUUGGACCAGGCUAUAGGUGUCUUCCUAUAUACUCUGGAGAAGGGUUUCAUGUUAAUGCCUGAAAUAUGCAACCAGCUGCUCAAGUGUCUUCUUCGUUCCCAAGACAAAAAGGAUCACGCCCUUGAUCUCAUUAGUAGGAUGAGAUCUUUUGGAUAUGAUCUUGAUUUUUAUCUGCACCAAACUACAAAAUUUCUUCUAGAAUGCCACAUGAACUAA